CCAUCUUUGUCAGAGUCUAGUCUCUCCACCAGUUUGCCAGGCUCUCAGGUCCUCUGUCCUGCACCCAUUUGUCUACCCCUCUCCGCUCAUUGUGCCAAAAGCCCAUUAAAUCUCAGCCAAAAUGGAAGCCAUCAAAAAGAAAAUGCUUAUGCUGAAGUUGGACAAGGAGAAUGCACUGGACCAAGCUGAACAAGCUGAAGCAGACAAGAAAGCAGCAGAGGACAGAAGCAAGCAGCAUGAAGACGAACUUCUGCAAAUGCAAAAGAAGCUGAAGGGGACAGAAGAUGAGCUUGAUAAGUACUCUGAGGCCCUGAAGGAUGCGCAGGAGAAGCUUGAGGUGGCCGAUAAGAAGGCUGCGGAU